AUGAAGUUGGUUGCGCAUCUUCAGAAAUCAGAUUCAAAGAUACGAGUCGUUCAGUGUUCAGUAUCGCCGGCACUGAAAAGCACGGUUACCGGUUGCCCAGCCCUCAGCUAUUUGCAGAACAAUGCAGGCUUGAUGUGCGCAUGUCAGUGGGAAAACGCGGGAGGGAAAACGCGCGAACGAACUGUCAGUGUAGGCCCGCGAGUGGCAGAGGCCGCGCGCCAUAGAAAGCCCACCCUGCGCCCUGGCGCAAAACGUACGCCGCGCUGGACGCGGCGUCACGUUCUCAGAAUCGACCGUAGA